UCCCAAAGUCCAAACAAAACAUUUACUCUCACAUAGGAAAUUAAAGGUGCAAUUUGAUCCUUCUGUAUCCUUAAAUACACCUGCCUCUUCACACAAGCCUUUUUACAUCAAUUCCUUUGCUUUAUUUCAGAUUCAAACUUCCAAGAAAACCCCUUAAAUUAGUUUGUGUUGACUAAAGAUUACAAAUAGUCUCUGCUAUUCUUCUCCUCGACCAUCUCCACAUUUCUACUUUUAGUUCUUUUUUCAAUAUCCCUAUCCACCCCUAUAUAGCUUUUUCUUUAGCAAAAAGCCUAUACUGAACCACCCCCCACCCCACCCCACCCUCACCUCCACAUCCCCCUCCCUUUUAUACACACAACAUGCAAAUCAUAAGGCACUCAUGAUAUAAUCACAACAUACUAUCCUUUAAACUUCAAUCUCUCUCUUUUCAAGAGACCAAAAAACCCCUUUCUUUUCAGUUCAAAAUAGGUAUGAGGGACACAGUACUUUCAAUGGUACCUGAUCUUUCUUUACAGAUCAGCUUACCAUCAUGUAUUUCAAAAAGUGAUCAGUUCAAAGAAGCUAUACGCUUCGACUCCACAACAGAUUCAGGUAGCAGUGCUAGUGUGGGGAGCGAUUUGAGCCACGAAAAUAAUGGAUAUUUUCACCUAGACAAAAUUAAACCGUUUAAUCUUCCCUUAGUUCCUUCUUAUGAGCCAACCCUGAGUCUAGGGUUCGGACAGGUACCAACAGGUACAAACGUUCAUCAUCACAACCACCACCACCACCAGCAUCAGUAUCAGCAUUAUCAGCCACAAAUAUACGGUCGAGAUUUCAAGAGAAGUUCAAGAAUGAAUAUUAGUGGGGUGAAAAGAACCGCUAGAGCUCCUAGAAUGAGAUGGACUUCAACUCUUCAUGCCCAUUUUGUUCAUGCCGUUCAGCUCCUUGGUGGACAUGAACGAGCAACACCAAAAUCCGUGCUAGAGUUGAUGAAUGUGAAGGAUCUAACUUUAGCUCAUGUGAAGAGUCACUUACAGAUGUAUAGAACAGUGAAGAGCACUGACAAAGCCACAGCUAAAGGGCAGGGAGAAAAUGUAUUUGUGAACCAACACAAGGGGAUUAAUAAUAUUGGUGAAUAUGAAAAAUCUGGUGAAGAGAUUGAUGCAGUAUCACAAUCAAGCACAAUGCCACAAAAUAUGGCUCAUAAUAUGAGGGAUCCAUCGUCAUUCAUGCCUGAUCAGACAAAUGCAUGGAGCCACUCAAAUAUAGAAAGACCAUUUGCUAAUUAUCCUCACAUCUACUCAAAUAUGGGUGGAAUUGAGACAGCCAAUAACUCAUCUUCUAAUGAUACAUUGGUUAAUCUUGAAUUUACACUAGGAAGACCAAGCUGGAAAAUGGAACAAGCUGGAUCAUCAUCAAAUGAUUUGACUCUUCUCAAGUGCUAAAUAAUUUGGAUCAUGUAGAGUAAUUAAAAUUAAUUAAGUUAACCUAGUUAUUAGUUAUAGUUUUCUCAGUACGUGACUGCAGGAAUAUGAUUCAAUUUUGUCUUGACCAACAAAAAAGUAAAAGCUUUUAGUUGAUUUUGCUGAACAUUUUAAGUAACAUUAGCUGACAAAUUUGAUGUGUCUAAUCAUUUCCUUCCACUGAGAAUAUGUAUAAUUUUUCUCUAGAAGAUUUUCUAUGAUGGGAAAAUUAAGGCUACGAUCCACUACUAUGAUUUGAUUUUUAACAAGGUUUUUUAGAUGC